AUGGAGCCUAGAAUUGCUACGCUCGAGCGCAAGACGAAUGAGACAGAGAUUAAGGUUUCCAUAAACCUAGAUUGUCAGCCCGGGACAGGGAAUGUGCAGGAGAUAUCUGUCUCUACGGGCAUCGGUUUCCUAGACCAUAUGUACCAUGCACUCGCUAAGCAUUCCGGAAUGUCAUUGACGAUGAAGUGCAAAGGCGAUCUCUGGAUAGAUGACCAUCACACUGCAGAUAACGCGAUUGCACUGGGUACCGCCUUCAAGCAGGCACUUGGAGAGGUCCGAGGCAUCCGUCGCUACGGCACAGGCUUCGCCCCACUAGACGAGGCCCUCUCGCGCGCGGUCAUAGACAUAUGCUCCAGACCCUACUGCGUGACAGAUCUCGGGCUCGAGCGGGAAAAAAUCGGCGACCUCUCUACUGAGAUGUUGCCCCAUAUAUUUUACUCGUUCUCUAUCGCCUCUGGGGUCACACUGCAUGUCGAUGUCUUGAAGGGAGAGAACGACCACCACCGGGCGGAGUCGGCCUUCAAGGCAGUGGCACUCGCGAUCCGCCAGGCGAUCGAGAGGACGGGCGGGAACGAUGUACCAAGUACGAAGGGUGUAUUGUAG